AUGCAAAUGCGAAGCAUUCGCAAAUUAAAAAUUGGGGCCGGUCCCACAGCGGGAGCGGCCGAUCUUUGCGUUUGGACCAAUGGUCGAUCGAUCUUGCUUCGAAGAGUUAUCAUCAUACUAUAUGUGGCAUUUAUGCUCUCACUGCUCACUUCAGCCCAACUCCAAUCACAAGCAAUCUACCUUCACGCCGUACAAAUGACCUUGUUCAAAGAUCUCAACGUCCCCGAGGCGUUUGAUUUCCUGAAGAAUCAAAUUUAUCGCAGACACGAAAGAUUUCUCGUUGCUCUUCCAUCGGGAUUUGUCUCGGAUAUCACCUCGUGCUCCGCAUUUCAGCUACUCCAUGAUGAUCCUGAAGCUUGUUUGGUAAUCCAUAUGCAUGCUGCUGCUGGCAAUGUUGCUUCGGGGCACAGAAUACCCAAUUUCUGUGUCCUAUAUUCCGCUAGUGGUCGCCCUGACAAGAUUCAUAUCCUAGCAUUUGACUACCGAGGAUUUGGUGCAAGUACGGGCACACCGUCCGAGCAUGGCCUGAUACUUGAUGAGAUCUCUAUUGUGAAGUAGGCUAUGACCUCCGCUCGCGUUCCUCCCGGGCAGAUUAUCUUAUUUGAUCAAUCGCUGGGUAGUGCAGUGGCCAUUACUGUAUCCGAGCAGCUACCAUUGGAGUCUCCUUCUGUUGUUUUCGGGGGAACUAUUCUUUUUGCCCCCCUUUAUCGAUUCCGCGACGUUGGUCCUUACGUAUCGAAUAGCGAGGUGUAUUCAUAUUUUGUCAUCC